UCACCAAUAAAAAUUAAUAUUUUUAUACAUAGUUAAAAAAAAUAUUUUUUAAUUUUAGAAGAAUACAUCAGAUAAUUUUUUUUUAAAUAAAGAAAUAUAUUGAAGAUUUAUACUGUCUUUUCAAUAUAUUUUUGGGAGGUUUGGUGUUUAAAUUUAUCCUUUGGAUUUAUACUGUGUUUUCCAUUUCUACUCUAGUUUCAUGAAUGUUUGGUAUCUAAUGUGUUUUGCAUGAAGAAUUUCACAAUGGAAUAAGAAACGAGGAGAUAUUAGUCCAGAUUUUUCUUGCACUAAUAUAUUAGGUACUAUGAAUGACAAAUUCUGAUAUGUGAUGCAUGAUUGCUCCUAGCUGACUGGAAUGUCACUCAGAGGAACCUACAAGCUCCAUUCCGGUAGACGUUUCCUAUUUGAUUUUGUGUUACUAACUAGCUUAAAAAACUAAGUUGUGCUAAAAUUCUGUUACUAGAUUGGUUACGCAUGAGACCAAUUAAUCGAUAAAGAAAUGUGAUUUGCGUGAAAAUUUGAUAAUCAGGAAAGAAGCGUGAUUCAGCUGUGUAUUACCAAACGCAAGUGUGCUAAAACCGUGUGUCUAGCUAGAACUAAAAGCAGAAUUUGCAAUUCAACGGUUUAAACGAGAUUGGUUACGUAACAUAAACAGCGCUCAUUGCAACUUCCCAGACAUAAAACGACAGGGUGUGUGCCAUCUCGCUUUUUCUUUUUUUCUCGUGUGUGACCGCCUCUCUACGCCUAAUUGCUCUGAGCUCCUCCCGUGUCGCCGAGAUUUUUCUUCUUCUUCUUCUUCCUCAACCUUCAAAACCCUAAAAGAGAAAACCACCGCGAGAAGAGGCACAGUUAUCACCCCCUUCGAUAAUUCCGCCACCCCAAUCUCCAAUUCAGCGAUGGCUGCCGCGACAGCCAGGACGCAGGCGCUCUCUCUCCUCGCCGCUGCCAACAACCACGGCGAUUUGGCAGUGAAGCUCUCGUCUCUCAGACAGGUGAAGGAGAUAUUGCUAUCGCUCGACCCCUCUCUCUCCGCCGAGAUUUUCCCCUAUCUCACAGAACUCCACUCGUCUCGUGAAAUCCUGGUUCGCAAAUCCCUUCUCGAGAUCAUUGAGGAGGUUGGUUUGAGGAUGAUGGAUCAUUCUUAUGCUCUAGUGACUGUCUUACUAGUCUUAGCAAGGGAUGAGGAUCCGAUUGUUGCAAAGAAAGCUGUUUCUGUUGGCACAGCUUUCUAUUGCAGCAUCUUGGAGGAGAUGGCAAUGCAGUUUCAUCACCGUGGUAAAGUUGAUCGCUGGGUUGGGGAACUAUGGACAUGGAUGGUUAAGUUCAAAGAUGUUGUCUUUUCUACUGCAUUGGAGCCUGGUAGCGUAGGGGUGAAAGUUUUGGCGCUAAAGUUUAUGGAGACAUUUAUUUUGCUAUUUACUCCUGAUGCAUCUGAUCCUGAGAAUUUUUCCAACGAAGGGAGUAGGCAGAUGUUUAACAUAUCCUGGCUUGCUGGCGGUCACCCCAUUCUAAAUUCAGUAACGCUUAUGUCUGAAGCAAAUAGAACGUUUGGUAUCUUACAAGAUCUCGUACAGUCGGCUGGUCGUUUACCGGGUGCACUGACGGUAGCUGUUGUUAGUUGUCUUGCGGUGGUAGCGAGGAAGAGGCCUGUCCACUACAACACUGUCCUUUCUGUUCUGCUGGAUUUUCACCCAAAUCUUGUGACAGUAAAGGGGUGCCAUGCUGCAAGCGUUCAGUAUUCCAUUAGAACUGCCUUACUGGGAUUUCUUAGAUGUACUUCCUCACCUAUGAUAGAGUCAAGAGACAAGCUUCUUAGAGCGCUUCGAGCAAUGAAUGCUUCAGAUGUUGCUGAUCAAGCUGUCCGUCAAGUUGAUAAAUUGAUCAGAAAUAAUGAGCGCUUUGCACGUGAAAAUUGGUCAGGCAAGAGUAACCAGGCGAUUAGUCACCCAAAUUCUUGGGAUUUGUCAAAGAAACGAAAAAUGUCCCAGGGUGAAGAUGAUACAAUCAAUGGAGAGGCUGCUCCGAAGCGCUUACGCCAUAAUACUAACAUGCAUUUGACUCCGCAAGUUAAAAUAAGUGAUUCUCCACAUGGACCUGUCUCUAUCAAUGGUAUAUCCCCUGCAAACCAUCCUUCGGACAGUGAGCCGACUCCAGUGGAACAAAUGGUUUCUAUGAUUGGUGCUUUGCUUGCUGAAGGAGACAGAGGAGCUGCAUCACUUGAUAUUCUCAUUUCUCAGCUCCAUCCAGAUAUGCUUGCUGAUAUUGUAAUAACAAGCAUGAAACACUUGCCUAGUAGCCCUCCUACAUUGACAACUUCACUGGCUACUCCCGCGGAUAUCGUGGAUUCCAUGCGUUCCCCAACUCUUCAGCCACAAGUUCCUUUCGAUCCAACCCUUCCUGCGGGGUUAUCAGUUUCCGAUGUGCCUAGUUUGAAUAGCGCAGUUGCCGACCCUAGACGCGACCCAAGAAGGGAUCCCCGUCGCAUAGAUCCAAGACGUUCAAAUUCAUCUGUGGCACCAACAUCACUGCCUGUAAGUGAAGGUAAAGAACCAAUCCCAGUUCAGAUGGACAUCUCGAGCUUACCGAGCGAUCCACUUUCGGUUCCUGCUGUCACGGCAGGGGAUAGUGGUUCAGUCCAUCCAACAACAAUAGAGCAUAGUCAAAACAAGGUGGUGGGAAGUUCAGUUAUCAGAUUAAUUGACCAGCCCGACUGCAGAGAGGAUUUGUUGACUGCUCCCAGCGAGCGUGUUUAUCCCUCAAAGGGCAAAUCAUCUUUAGAUGUUCCACUAUCUCCUUGCAGGGAUGAUAGAGGCAUCAGAGAAACAAAGUUUUCAGGUUCUGAAACAAAAUGCAGGGAUGAUCUGGCGUCUAUCCCAGAUUUCGAUCAACAUUCGCCUUUGGAAUCAGGCCCAGAUUUUGAUCUACAACCCCCUGCUGCAUCAGACGCCACUGCAGAAGAGGAAAGCUACCGAGAGUUGGCAUCUGUUCCAUCAUAUGUUGAACUUACCACAGAGCAAAGCAAAACCGUUGGAAAGUUGGCUUUAGAAAGGAUAAUUGAAUCAAAUAGACAUGUCUGCGGGUUUGAUUGUAACAAGAUACGCAUGCCAUUGAUUGCCCGAUUGAUUGCUAAAAUCGGUGCUGGCAAUGAUGUUGUAGCCAUACUAAGAGAGCAUAUCAGUGUGGAUCAUCGGGAAUUCAAGGGGCAUGAACUUGUUUUACAUGUUUUGUACCAUCUGCAUUCAAUGGCGAAUCUGGACACAGAUGAAACCUCUUCCUAUUCUGCUGUGUAUGAAAAUUUUCUUAUAACAGUGGCAAGAUCAUUUCUGGAUGCUCUUCCUGCUUCCGACAAGUCUUUCAGCAGACUUUUUGGGGAAGCUCCACAUCUACCUGAUUCUGCCAUAAAGCUACUGGAUGAACUCUGCUCCACUCGUCAUGAUCCAACUGGAAGAGAAAUCAGCGAUAGUGAGCGUGUUACCCAAGGGCUUGGUGCUGUUUGGAGCUUAAUUCUAGUGCGUCCAAAUGAGCGAAAAGAAUUCUUAGCCAUAGCAUUGAAUUGUUCUGUUCAUUCCGAAGAAGACAUUCGUGCAAAAGCCAUCCGACUUGUCACGAACAAACUAUAUCACCUUACAUACACAUCAGAGCAUGUUGAGAAGUUUGCAACAGAUAUGCUGCUGACUGCUGUGAACUCUGAGGCAGAUCUCUCACAGACUGGUUUUAUUGCAGAAGGAAUUAAAACAGAGGCUAAAAGUCAGAUAACUUCGACAAGCGACUCUCCAUCUUCUAGAACCUCCGAUACUCACUCUCAGCAGGGUCUACAAACUUCUCGUGAUGCUUCUGUUUUAUCAUUUGCUGAAGCUCAGAGACUUAUUUCUCUAUUCUUUGCUCUAUGUAAAAAGAAACCUAGUCUCCUACGACUUGUCUUUGAAGUUUACGGGAAAGCUCCAAAAACAGUUAUCCAGGCUUUUCAUCGUCAUAUUCCCAUCUUGAUACGAGAAUUAGGUUCAUCUUAUAAGGAACUGCUCCAUAUAAUAUCUGAUCCUCCUAAGGGAAGUGAAAAUUUAUUGACAUUGGUAUUGCAAAUAUUGACACAAGAAUUGGCACCUUCGUCGGAUUUGAUUACUACUGUAAAGCAUCUAUAUGAAACGAAGCUAAAGGAUGUUUCAAUUCUUAUCCCAUUGCUUUCUUCACUCUCUAAAGACGAGGUUUUGCCUAUCUUUCCCCCGCUUCUUAAUCUUCCACCUGAGAAGUUCCAACUUGCACUAGCUCAUAUAUUACAGGGUUCUGCUCACACCGGCCCUGCCCUCACACCUGCCGAGGUACUGAUUGCUAUCCACGAUGUUGUUCCUGAGAAGAAUGGGCCACCACUGAAAAAGAUAACAGAUGCAUGUUCAGCUUGCUUUGAACAACGCACUGUUUUCACGCAGCAAGUCUUAGCAAAGGCGCUGGGUCAGAUGGUUGAUCGAACACCUCUGCCGUUACUCUUCAUGAGAACAGUAAUUCAGGCAAUCGAUGCUUUUCCAACACUGGUUGACGUUGUCAUGGAAAUCCUUUCCAAGUUGGUGAGUAGGCAGAUCUGGAGACUGCCAAAAUUGUGGCCUGGUUUCUUGAAAUGUGUGUCUCAGACACAACCACAUUCUUUCCCUGUCUUGUUGGAGUUACCAAUGCCUCAACUCGAAAGUAUCAUGAAGAAGUUUCCUGAUCUAAGACCUUCUCUUACUGCUUAUGCGAAUCAGCCAGCCAUCAGAGCUUCUCUACCAAAUUCAGCUCUUUCAGUUCUUGGGCUUGAAAAUGGGCAAGAUUCACGUUCACAAAUGCACCCUUCAGAUGCAGCUUCUUCUAUUCACGGGGCAGCCUUAACGUGACCCACCCCUCUCUGGAAGAAUAUCGACAAAGUUGAAGUGUUUGAAGGAGACAAAUCACAGAUACUGAAAGCUUCUUGUCGAUUGGCUCGAGACUGGCUACUACUUCUGUGUUUGAGAUUUUAGUAGCAAGACCAGCAUGGUAGCCCAGCGUGUGUGUGUGGCUCUUUCAUUUGUUACCCCUUUUUUGGUGUAUAUUUCUUAAUUAUAAAAACUUUACCGUAGCCAUGAGAAGGGGUCACUCACUUGUAGUGGAUGUAGGAUCGCUUCAAUACUGUUUCUUAUAAAGAGAAAGAUGGAGAAUUCAAAAAGUUCA